GUGUCGCAGGUGCCGGUGGCCGAGGGUAAGAGCGUGCAGCAGACCGUGGAGCUGCUGGCCCGGCGGCUGGAGGCGCUGGGCGCGGACAAGCAGGGGACGUUCGGCGUGGACUGCGAGACCUAUCACACCGCGGCCGCCCUCGGCACACAGGGGCAGACAGGGAAGCUGAUGUACGUCAUGCACAACACCGAGUACCCCCUGAGCUGCUUCGCCCUCUUUGAGAACGGGCCCUGCCUGGUGGCUGAUGCCAACUUUGACACCCUCAUGGUGAAGCUCAAGGGCUUCUUCCAGAACGCCAAGGCCAACAAGAUCGAGAGCCGCGGCACCCGCUACCAGUACUGCGACUUCCUGGUGAAGCUGGGCACGGUCACCAUGGGCCCCAGCGCCAGGGGCAUAUCUGUGGAGGUGGAAUACUGUCCCUGUGUGAUUGCCAACGACUGCUGGAACCUGCUGAUGGAGUUCAUGCAGAGCUUCAUGGGCAGCCACACGCCCGGGAUCCCGUCGGUGUUCAGCUCCAAGCACGACAGCGCCUACAGCCCUGGGGACACCAUGGUGCAGUACAUGGAGCUCUUCAACAAGAUCCGCAAGCAGCAGCAGGUGCCUGUGGCUGGAAUCAGGUGAACAGAAUUCCCUGGAGCUCCUGGACUGGAUCGGGAAUCCCUCCAGAACGUGGCACAGCAGGCAGCCCCAGGAUUUUUUCCCUUCUUGAUUUUUCCCAUUUCUAUGUUUUCCAAUGCCGUGUGUAAUUCUGGGUGUCCUCCAUGGUUUGGGAUUAUUGGAUCCGUGGCUCUUUGGACAGUGUUUUGUGCAGGGAAUCGCUGUUUAUCCACAGGGAAAAGAGAAAUUCCAGCCAAAAGCAAGGGCAGAGCUUCUGUGACUACAAACAGCUACAGGAGAAAUCUCUUCAAUUUAUAUUUUUUUUAUACGCACAUUGGUGUUUUAUUGUAUUUCAUGCCAAUAAAACACUGGAUUUUGGGAGGAGGA